GAAACUUUCUUUUCGAGGGACAAUUUCUAUUCGUAGCCUCACCAUAUGCUGCUUUGUUAUUUGUCCACGUCACAAUGCCAAAAUAUUAUCUAAUGCAGUCACGCCAUCUGUAGGUUUAACAUCUAUAUCCUGUAUCAAGAUACAGGCAAGCAUUUCCCAGUUCGUCUUCAAACGUUAAUAAACAGCAGAAGCUAAAAAAAAUUCUUCAAAAGUAACGAGACUUGGUAACAAGCCUAAGCUGUGCUUCUCUCACGUACUCUUUUGCAUUCGAACACACUCAGAUGUACUGAGAACUCAGCUAGCGUGUGUUUUUGUUUAUUUCUUCAACUCGAACUGCAAAAAAAAAAGGAAAAAAGAAGUGUGUUAUUUAGUUUUAAUUUCUUCUCUAAUUUGUGCUGAUUUAGGGUUUGAAACUCUCGUUCCAUAGUUUCAAUUCCUGUUCAUAUUUUCAAGGUAUUUCCUUUCAAUUUUUCUUGUUCCCCCCUAAUUAGCUGCAGCAUUUGAUAGAAUGGAGCCUCCGCUGCCGGUUUUGCCUACAAAUUACGGAAUCUCAAACGAAUUCUGUUCUAAAGGUUGUAAGAGGACAAGAUUAUCCAGUGAUUCAAAAGAUUAUGACAGCACCAUCUCUGCUGCAAAUCCUCAAGAUGGCAAUGAAAAGAAAAAACCUAAGGUCUCCCCGAAUGCAAUUGAUUUCAGUGACCCACUUGCAUAUGCUAAAAUGCUUGAAACUUUUAAUACUGGUGGUAAAUAUGGAAGUGUUACAAAAGAUUUAGAAGCCCUUAUUUCUAGGAAUACACAAUUGGUAAGCAAGGUACUUGCUUUGCAUCCUCGUCUUUCAAAUAUGUCGGCAGAUGUGGAAAAGACCCCGAGGAAAGAGGCUUCAAAGGUCCCAAGUCGACAACUUUCCCAUUUGUCACGAAACAAUUUUAUCGACUUGGAGGAUGACUCUAUUGGAAAUGACAUCACAUCGUCGGUGUCACCAGUAGUGAUUCUGGAUUCAGAUGAUGAAGACAAUAGAAAUCCUAGAUCUCUACAUCCGGUCCAGGAAAUUGUAUUGAGGAAGCCAUCUGGGAAUUUAAUCUAUAAAGAGAUAAAGGUUGGAGAGCCUAAUUUGUUUCAGUUUGGGGAGUCUAUGGGCAACCGAGUUUACAAGGAAGAGAAGAUUAGUCUGACCAGUGAAUUUGAUAUCAAGAAGGAUAAAGGUAUUUAUGUUGGUGUUGAAGACGAUGUUGAUGCUCAAACGGAGAAUGAAGAUGAUGGUCUGGGAGAUAUUUGGCAGGAGAUGUCAAUGGCAUUAGAAUUCUCCAAGGAUGCUAUUGAGGAUCCUUCAAACGAGCACAUGCCAGAAGAUGACGAAGAUUGUGAUCAUUCUUUUGUCUUGAAGGAUGAUCUUGGUUAUGUAUGUAGAAUUUGCGGGGUCAUUCAGAGAGGAAUUGAGACUAUAAUUGACAUCCAAUAUAACAAGGCCAAAAAGAGCACAAAUGCUUAUGCAUUAGAGCCUCGAAAUGGCAAAAAUAGAGAGUCAAUUGAAACUGGAGUUAAGUUCUCUGAAGAUGAUUUAGCAGUAACCGACAUAACUGCGCAUCCAAGGCAUAUGAAGCAAAUGAAACCUCAUCAAGUUGAAGGCUUUAAUUUUCUUCUGAGCAAUUUGGUGGCAGAUAACCCUGGGGGCUGCAUCUUGGCACAUGCCCCUGGUUCUGGAAAAACAUUUAUGAUAAUCAGCUUCAUGCAGAGUUUCCUAGCCAAAUACCCACAUGCUAAACCACUAGUUGUGCUUCCAAAAGGCAUCUUGGCUACAUGGAAAAAGGAGUUUGAAACAUGGCAAGUAGAGGAUAUUCCACUGCUUGAUUUUUAUACUGUGAAAGCAGAUAAUAGAUCUCAGCAAUUGGAUGUUUUGAAGAAGUGGGUUGAGUGCAAAAGUAUCCUUUUUCUGGGAUACAAGCAGUUCUCUACCAUAAUUUGUGAUGGUGGAACCAGCCAGACUUCUAUAUCUUGCCGAGAGAUACUGCUCAGAGCACCUUCAAUUUUAAUUUUGGAUGAAGGCCACACACCGAGGAAUGAGAACACCGAUGUGCUACAAUCCCUUGCAAAAGUGCAAACAGCUCGAAAAGUGGUGCUUUCAGGAACUCUUUAUCAAAAUCAUGUUAAAGAGGUAUUUAACAUAUUGAACCUUGUUCGACCAAAGUUUCUUAGGUUGGAUACUUCAAAAUCAGUAAUUAAGCGGAUAAUGAGCAAGGUGCAUAUAGCUGGGGUGAAGAAGCAGUUAAAAGCUGGAGCAGAUGCGGCUUUUUAUGAUUUGGUGGAGCACACACUGCAGAAAGAUGAAAAUUUUGAGAGAAAAGUCUCAGUCAUCCAUGAUCUGCGUGAGAUGACCAGCAAAGUUCUUCAUUACUAUAAAGGUGAUUUCUUGGAUGAGCUUCCUGGACUUGUUGAUUUCACUGUUGUGCUGAGUCUUGGUCCUAGACAGAAGGAUGAAGUUCACAAGUUAAGAAGGUUUCAAAGGAAAUUCAAGAUUUCAUCUGUUGGUAGUGCUGUUUAUCUCCAUCCAAAACUUAAUUCUUUCUCUGAGAAUUCUGACACAACAGAUGAUAAGAUGGAUGAGCUGUUAAACACAUUAGAUGUUAGAGAGGGCGUCAAAGCAAAAUUUUUUCUUAAUAUGUUAAAUUUGUGUGAGUCAGCUGGUGAGAAACUCCUUGUUUUUAGUCAGUAUCUUGUCCCCUUGAAAUUUUUAGAGAGAUUAUCCGUGAAAGUGAAGGGUUGGCAACCAGGAAUUCAGGUUUUCUCGAUCACAGGUGAAUCAAGCUCUGAUCAUAGGGAGUGGUCUAUGGAUCGCUUCAAUAACUCUCCUGAUGCCAAAGUUUUCUUUGGAUCUAUAAAGGCAUGUGGAGAGGGAAUUUCUUUGGUGGGGGCAUCCCGAAUUAUCAUUUUGGAUGUCCAUCUUAAUCCAUCUGUGACCCGCCAAGCAAUAGGUCGUGCUUUUCGCCCUGGCCAAAAGAAGAAAGUGUACGCGUAUAGAUUGGUUGCAGGGGAUUCUCCUGAGGAGGAGGAUCAUAGUACUUGUUUCAAGAAGGAAUUAAUUGCAAAAAUGUGGUUUGAGUGGAACAAGUAUUGUGGUAACCGAGAUUUUGAUAUGGAGACUGUUAAUUUGAACGAGUGCAAUGAUCUCUUUUUGGAAAGUCAGUUGUUAAGGGAAGACAUUAGGGAUCUGUACAGAAGGUAGAUGCUGGGACCAUGGGCUGAGGCGGCCAUGGGCAGUUUCCUUGUGGUGCACAUGUAAUUUCUUCUUUUGUAGUCUCUGUCUUUGGAUGUGUUUCCCGGUUAACUUUUUAAAACAUCUAGGCAGUUGCUUGAGAGCAAUAUGAAUAGAUUCCUUGCUAUAGAAAUGACCUUUUUUGACAGUCGUUGGAAACUUUUCCCUCGUGUCCAAGGAUCUUUAGUGCAGGCAGGAAUCAAGUAGAUGCUUACUAUUUGUACAUGAAAUUAUGUGUGCUAGUUUUGAAAUGGGAGAAGGCGCUUGGUUUAGUAAUCGAGGUUCCCAUAUCUGCUUGGCCAUUUCAAGGUGAAUUUAAUGUUGUCCUUCUCAAUUCGAUUGAUCAAUUGUGGAUUGAAUCUUAAUUAUAUGAUAAUGUAAAAACCCUCAUCAGUGGUCGCUUCAGCCAUUAGUUAAAGCGCAGAGCUGUCACUGUACUUAACAGGGGCAUCCAUUAUCCAUGUGUUGUUUUCUCAACAUGCAGAAAUUUCAUGCAUUUUGUUCAGGCAGCUCAGCUAAUUUGAAAGACCCCAAAAUAAUAAAAAGAAUACACAGUAGAACCCAAAUCAUUGUCUAUCUGAAUAAAACAAGUCAAUUCUUACCUUUUAUUUCAAAUCAGGUGUCUUUUUCUUUUCUCUUCAAUAUUGAAGUUGCAACUGAUUGUACAUAUUCUUUUUCCUUCACAUAUUAAACCAAAAUUAUGUAUCUUUACAAAUGAUUUAUAUUACAACUGUGUCUUAUACUUCAUCAUCUUUGACAAGCAAGAUGAAUUUCAGGUAAGUUCAGAACCUGGUUCUAGCUCUCUAGUUUCGGGAGAACGAUAUGAAGAUUAACCAAUGUAAUUAAGAAGUCAAGCACAUUUCAUGUGACAAAAUCAUGUAACAAAUGAGAGGAACUAAACCCAUGUUGCCGAUUUCCAGGAUUUAUGCAUUCAAAAUCUGAUGUUUCGGAGGCUCCUACGCUUGAUGCAGUAGGAUUGCAUAUGUCAGCCCCUCUCAUUGCAACAAAAUCUUGAUGGCCUCCGCCUGAUAUAGGUAUA